AUGCUUAACCAGCAUCUGCCAUUACCACCAACAAAGCUGCAGCAGAAAAUACUGAAAAACACUGACCGUCACGGUCCUUUCCGUGAACUCAGCACAUCACGUUGCAAAAUCAUGGAACAGAAUGGCCCAUUUUCUCCUCAUAAUAUCUACUCACGGGAGGGAAUUUUCAGUGCACUUGUUUUCCGAGGCAUUUUAUUCAACACUGAUGCUCUUCAAGAGCAUGUGGGCUGUGGGUUCUUUGAAUCCUGGGAUGCUUGGAAGCAGUUUGUGGCUGCUCAUCGAGAUAAAAAAGAAAGUUACAUGUGUAAUCCACAUGUCUAUGGAAGAACAAAUGGCCGUUCUCCAAGUAAUGCCCAGCAUUUCUGGAUUGGUAGUGAAAUUCUCCACAAGAAACUUCUCCAAGAACCCAAUAUCACCUUUACCGAAAUUGUUGAUUUUAUUGCCACAGCAAAGGGUUUGGAUAAGAAAACUCUUUUUCCAACUUUUGGUAUUCUUACUGCCUACUUGUUCACUGUGGAUCUAGUAUAUGCAGGUCGAGCUCCCAUGCCAUCAUUAGAAGAAGUUGCCAAAAUGGUAUGCAAACUAGAUAAAGGCGGUUCCCGGGGCUUGAUGAAAAUUGGGGUUGCAUCUGACAGUUCCCCUAAGCAGAUUGCAAGAGGUUUCAUAGAGCUCUUUCAUUUUCUUGAUCAGGAUAAAGAGUUCUCUCAUAUCAAGCACCAGGUAAUAUUUGACCCUUUUAUGCUUGAGCAUUCUUUAUGUAAAGCUAGUCGUGAUAGUUGGUUAAGUUUUGCUUGA